UAAGAGUCCAUGCUGCUUCAUGGCAACUGUACAAAUCGUGCAAGAAAUUAUAAAGUUUGUUCGCUGUUUCUCCUUUGUUACAAGGUUGGUGGAUGAGUUUGUGUCAGAGAUUCAGGUAUGCGAUUUUAUAUUCCUCCAUGACGCUUUUAUGGCUCGGGUCAAGCAUGGGCAGCGUUGCAUUCUGGUGGAUGCUGUGGAGAAUGCCGGAGAAGCAGAGCGCAGUAUGAAGCUCUGGAGGUGGCUUGUUUUGAGCUAUUUUUUUCUCGCGGGUGAUGCGAGCAAGGUUCCAGCUCUCUUUGUGUUUGGAGACUCAACGGUUGACACGGGUAAUCUCAAGCAGCGGUCUUCGCUCUCGUUGCUGAUGACCAACAGGCUUCCAUAUGGAAGGGACUUUGUGCCUCCUGGACCGACUGGACGAGCGUCCAACGGCAAGCUUUCAACCGACUUCCUUGCUGAGUUUCUAGAGCUUCCUUCGCCAGCCAACGGCUUUGAGGAACAAACGUCGGGAAUCUUUCGCGGGCGAAAUUUUGCUGCCGGUGGUUCUGGAUAUCUGAAUGGCACUGGAGCCUUGUUCAGAACGAUCCCACUCUCCACGCAGCUCGACGCGUUCGAAAAGCUCGUGAAAUCCACAGCUCAGUCUCUAGGAACGAAAGCAGCUUCGGAGCUCCUGGCCAAGUCCCUGUUCGUCGUAAGCACCGGAAACAACGACAUGUUCGACUACAUCUACAACAUCCGGACCAGGUUCGACUACGACCCGGAGUCGUACAACAAGCUCGUACUCUCGAAAGCUCUCCCGCAACUCGAGCGUCUCUACACCUUAGGCGCCCGCAAGAUGGUCGUCCUCUCCGUAGGCCCUCUCGGGUGCACGCCGGCGGUGCUCACACUCUACGACUCCACGGGCGAGUGCAUGAGAGCCGUAAACGAUCAAGUGGCGAGCUUCAACUCGGCCUUGAAGGCGUCGCUCGCGUCCCUGGCAUCAAAGCUCCCGGCGCUCCACGCUAUGUAUGGAAACGCCUACGACUUGCUGCUGGACGCGGUGGAGCAGCCAUCAAAGUAUGGAUUCAAGUAUGGCAACGUUGCGUGCUGCGGGCUGGGGAGAUUUGGAGGCUCGUCCGCGUGUAGCAACCUCAGCAACGUUUGCUUCUCGGCGGACGAGCACGUCUUUUGGGACCUCGUCCAUCCCACCCAAGAAAUGUAUAGGCUGGUGUCGGACUCGCUCGUCUCGGGGCCACCUUCCAUGGCCAGUCCGCUCAAUAUUAGCCAGUUGAUCGCCUUCUAGGGAUUCUUAAAUCACUUCGUCCAAGAUCUAAAAUGGAAUACAAAAAAGUAAUAUUUAUAUUGUUAAUAUGAAAA